GCCCUCUUGCCCACAUUUACUGGAAAUACUGUAAUUCUAUUUAUUUCUUCCACUUGGUCCGUCCAAGUAACUGGGGCAUCAUCAAUGUUGACUCUCUCAGACUCAAACUGGGAAGGAAAGGAACUUGACGUGCCAUCAUGUCAUUAUUUAUUUGUUUGUCUAAACAACAUGAAUGGAGGUUAAAAAACAAACCACCGGCAACCCUGACUAAAAAAGCACUUUAUAAAACAAAGCAUUGAGAGAUGGGCUUAGCACAUUGUCCACCGUAUCACAUCUCAUGAUACAAACUCUAUCCUUCUCCUUCAUGUGACUUUCUGCCUCUCUCUGCCUUUGCCAUUUGCAAUGUAUCCUCCUCGUCUCUUCUUCCUUCUUUUCUUCCUUGCUUCCUCUUCCUUCUUUCAGAGCUCCUCUGCUGCUCAUGACAAUGAUGAUCCAAAACUCAACUUUGAAAACCCAAGUUUACGCCAAGCCUAUAUUGCUUUGCAAGCUUGGAAGGACGCUAUUUUUUCUGACCCAUUCAACUUCACCUCCAACUGGAAUGGCGCUGAUGUUUGCUCCUACACGGGUGUUUUCUGUGCACCUUCUCCUUCCAAUUCCUCCGUCAGGGUUGUUGCUAGCAUUGAUCUCAAUCACGCUGAUAUUGCUGGCUACCUUCCAACUGAGCUCGGCAGACUUACAGAUCUUGCUAUCUUCCACAUCAACUCCAACAGAUUCUGUGGAGUCGUUCCCAAAACUUUUCGCCGCUUGAAGCUCCUCCACGAGCUCGACCUGAGUAACAAUCGUUUCGUUGGCAAGUUUCCUGAGGUAGUUCUUUCACUUCCACAACUCAAGUAUUUAGACCUUCGGUUCAAUGAGUUUGAAGGGUCGGUUCCAUCAAAGCUGUUUGACAAGGAUCUAGAUGCCAUUUUCUUAAAUGACAACAGGUUCCGUUUUGGAAUCCCUGAGAAUCUUGGAAACUCUCCUGUGUCUGUGUUAGUAUUUGCCAACAAUGAUCUUGGUGGUUGUAUUCCAAGUAGCAUUGGAAAGAUGGGAAAGACUUUAAACGAAAUUAUUCUCUUGAAUGACAAUCUCACAGGCUGUUUACCUCCCCAGAUCGGAAUGCUUAAGAAUGUAACGGUGUUUGAUGUAAGCUACAAUCAUCUACAGGGAUCUUUACCAUCGAGCAUUGGCAACAUGAAGAGCUUGGAACAACUCGAUGUUGCUCACAACAGCUUCACAGGUGUUAUACCCUCAACCAUCUGCCAGCUUCCCAACUUGCAGAACUUCACAUAUUCUUUCAACUACUUCACGGGAGAGCCACCAAGUUGUGCUGCUACUGCUACUGGAGGAAAGGUGGUCAGCAACGGUACUAUGAAUUGCAUUCCUGGCAAGUCCGACCAACGAUCCUCUAAAGAAUGUUCCUCAGACACAGCACGCACAGUGGACUGCAGCAAGUUGCAAUGUGGUAACAGCGGCGGCGGAGGAAGAGGAGGAGGUGGCGGCGGUUCAUCAACCCCUGUGACCAAAUUGUCGCCUCCACCACAAUCAAAUAGAAGUCCCCCCGUUGCAAAGCCACCUGCACCAAGUCGAGCUCACUCACCUAGACCGUUUGUUAGUCCAUCCCCACCACCUCCUACUUCCAAGUCUUCAUCUUCUUCAAGAUCACGUCCUCCGCCACCUCCCAACUCAUACCAUUCACCACCAUCUCCUCCACCAACCAACUCACAUUUUGCAUCACCACCACCUCCUCACUGGGUAUCACCAGGAACCAAUCUUCCACCACCUCCACCAGUAUAUCAGGUUUCCCCCAAGCCCAACUAUGGACCUCCAUCCCCUCCUUAUCAACAUAUAACACCACCAACGUCUCAUCACCAUAAUAUACCACCUCCACCACCUACAAAGAAGGUAUCGCCAACUACUCAUUAUGCUCCGCCACCACCACCCGUUGAAUACCACCCACCUCCCAUUCAACAUACGGCGCCUCCACCAAGUAAUUCAGCUGAGGCUCCUGUGCCAAGUUAUCAUACUUUAACACCACCACCACCACCUGUGAAAUACUACCCACCUCCAAUUCAACAUACCGCGCCUCCGCCAAGUCAUUCAGCUGAGGCUCCUGUGCCAAGUACUCAUGCAUUCCCACCACCACCUGUUAAAUACUCCCCACCUCCCAUUCAACAUACUGCACCUCCACCGAGUCAUUCAGCUGAGGCUCCUGUGCCAAGUUAUCAUACUUACACACCACCACCACCAAAAUACAAGCAAUCAACUCCACCACCACCACCAAAAUACAAGCAGUCAACUCCACCACCACCACCAAAAUACGAGCAGUCAACUCCACCACCACCACCACCACCAAAAUAUGAGCGGUCAACUCCACCACCACCACCAAAAUAUGAGCAAUCAAAUCCACCACCACCGCCAAAAUAUAAGCAAUCAACUCCACCGCCUCCACCAUCAGAGCAUCACCCACCAAAGACAGGAAAUCCACCUCCUGAAUCAGCUCAACCACCAUCAACCGGCUGCAUCAUUCCAGAAUCACCACCACCACCACCACCAAGCCAUCACUCAAUGCCAUCACCAUUUGUAGCUCCACCUAAACAACAUUCCCGUUAUCCACCAUCAGGGCAUAACCAAAGUCCACCACCGCCCCAACCCCCAUAUGGCAACACACCAUUGCCACCGAUUGCAGGAGUGUCAUACGCCUCGCCUCCUCCCCCUGUAAUCCCCUAUUACUAACCCUUCUAAAUGACUGUUCCAAAUUCAAAGGACCUAAAUGCGAGAUAUUUACAUUCUUUUGUUGCAACAAAUGGUGGGGCUUAACCCAGUCCAUUGCAGCAAUGAUCCGUUGAAGAUUGUGUGUUUAUGUUAUGCAGUAUUUUAUUUUUUAUUUAUUUAUUUUCUACAUUUUCUUUUAUAAGAGAUUGCCCUGUAGCAAUAAUAUAUAUUCUAUCACCUUCACCUCCGUUAAUUA